CGGGCGGAGCCCGCGGAGCCUGGCUGCCGUGGGCCCGGAGGGGCGCUGCCCGUCCGUCCGUCCGUCCGUCCGUCCUGCCGUGCUGGUCAGCGUCUGUCCGUCCGUCCGUCCGUCCGUCCUGCCGUGCGGGUGCUGUGCUCUCUUUUUCUCGCCCUGACUCCUGCCAGGCAUGGUGCCAGAUCACCAGCGUGUCUGAAUCACACUCUCCUCUCCUCACCUCUAUGGAGGGGGCUGGCAAUCAAACAAACUGGAGCAAUUCCCUUCCUUCUGGAAGCAAAUACCACCUCUACAUUGGCUUGGCUUUGGCUAUAGGCUCCAGUAUCUUUAUUGGUUCUAGUUUCAUACUCAAGAAGAAAGGACUUUUGAAACUGGCAGACAGAGGAGUCACCCGAGCUGGACAAGGUGGAUAUUCUUAUUUGAAGGAAUGGGUUUGGUGGGCUGGACUGCUAUCAAUGGGAUUAGGAGAAGCUGCAAACUUUGCUGCCUAUGCCUUUGCACCUGCAACCUUGGUUACCCCCUUGGGUGCCCUGAGUGUUCUCAUAAGUGCUAUAUUGUCAUCCUAUUUUUUAAAUGAGAAGCUGAAUAUUCAUGGAAAGCUGGGCUGUGUACUGAGCAUUUUGGGGUCAACAGUCAUGGUUAUUCAUGCCCCAGAGGAGGAGGAGGUCACCUCACUAGAUGAGAUGGAAAGAAAGCUGCAAGAUCCAGUGUUUGUUACAUUUGCUGUUCUGCUGACAGUCGUUGCCCUUGUCCUGAUCAUUGUUGUGGCUCCAAAGAGAGGUCAGACAAACAUACUGAUCUACAUUUUAAUUUGCUCUCUCAUCGGUGCCUUCUCCGUCUCGUCUGUGAAGGGUCUGGGCAUUGCCAUCAAGCAGCUGCUGCAGAGGAAGCCAGUCUAUCGCCAUCCCCUGGUUUACAUUCUGGUGGGCAUCCUGGUGCUCUCAGUCAGCACUCAGAUCAGCUACCUCAACAAAGCCCUGGACGUGUUCAACACAUCCCUUGUGACGCCCAUUUACUACGUGUGCUUCACUGCCACAGUGGUGACGUGCUCCAUCAUCUUGUUCAAGGAGUGGAGCAGUAUGGAACCGGGUGACAUCAUUGGAACCCUGAGUGGAUUCUGCAGCAUCAUCAUUGGCAUCUUCCUACUGCACGCUUUCAAGAACACUAACAUCACCUGGAGUCAGCUGAUGUCCUCUGUUGCCAAAGAAUCGUCACCGCCACACCGUGACUCUGAAACCAGUCACACUUUGCUGGAGAGCAUGGAAAACCCAGCUUUGGCAUAUGAGGAGGACAACAUUUUAUUCAGUCAGUGAAACACUCAAGCAGUGUUCAUCGUCAAAGUAUCAUGAAUUGCAAACUCAGCCCACCCAUGUCUACGAGAAAGCCCAACUCUUCUGCAGUCCUCUGGAAAUUUGCCUGUGGGGCCUGUUAAGUGUGGACCACUCCUCUAUCAGCUGUUGGCAGUAACGAGUGAAAAUGGUCAGUAAUUAGCACAACAGACAGAAACCUGGUGGUGAUUAUAUGUUAGACAAUUAAAAACAUGGUCCUUUUUUAAUGCAGCCUCUCUUCCUGGGAAAUUUUAGCAAAACAGAAUGGUCUUUGUAAGCCAUGUUUAAAAAUACAGUUUUCUUUUGAUGAUAAAAGACAAUCCUUGCUGAAGUGGCAGGUACUCUGCUAUUAUCUUGUGAUGGCCUUAAUAUUUCUGGCUGUCUUUAUAUUUUUGUAAUUUAUUGCCAAGCAAGCUUGUAAAUACUCUACAUGAAGGAUAUUCAUUGAAGACAUAACAUGAAGAAAACAGUGUUUAACCAUUUUAGUUUUUCAUUUAAAAUUUUGUGCAAGAUUUUUUUCACUUUUGAUGACCUUCCAAUGAACAUUGAUUGGAUGUGACAAAAAAAUUUUAGCAAAUACAAUUCUUGAUAUAUCUCAGCUUUUCUACCCAAGGAAUCCUGAAUGGAUUGUGAAUUCCUGAAUGUGCCUGUACUUUUUUAUUUCAAAACUAAGACCAAGUUUAAGAAAAAAAAAUGCAU